AGACGGUUUUGUUGUGCGACUGCGGCUGCUGCGGGCUUCCGCCUUGGCACAAUGGACGGAGAGCAGUAACCGAAGGAAGGGCAGGAGCCGGCAAGCGGGCGGGGCAAGGGGCGAGAAGGCACGACCGGCGAGAGCCUGUGGCCCGAAGAAGAGCUGCUGUUAUUCCCGUCGAAGGAAAGAGUAAACAGUUAUUACAAUGGGCGAUGCUGCAAAAUCUUGCUAUACAAGACGUAAUAAGGACUGGGGACUUACAAAUGAGGAGGAUUUCCAGAAAUGUGCUUCACGUCAAGUGAUGGACGAUUGUGGAAAUGGACACAGUAGCAAAGUGGACACCAGGUUUGAAAAAAGAAAGGGAACAUCAAAUGAUUAUGGAACAAGUCCUAGAAAGGGAGCACAUGCUGCUUUGAGUAGUCCAAAUUCUUCAAAAAACAUUGUUUACAAUCAAGGGGCAAGAAUAAAUGAUUCUUCAAAAGACCAAAUUAAGAAAUGGGUGUCUGACAACCAUCAAGCUAAUUCCAGCAAUUGGAGAGAAUUCAAAUCCACAGCCCGGAUACCUGUGAUUAUCAGACCACGGAAAGAGUUUCCCCAUGAAUGUGAGAGUUUAGGAGGCAGAAGUGGGAGAAGGCAGCUCUUUAGAGACCUCACAAGUGAAGAUUUAUCUGAUAGAAAAGGAAAUUCUGAAAUGAAGAAACAUAGGAAACCAAGGAGAUCAAGAAGAAUAAAAAAAGAAGACAAUGAUCAGGAUGAUGAAAUGGAUGGCCCUGUUAUAGAUGAGUCUUUACUGACAGCAGAAGAAUUACUGGGGUUGCAGCAGGCUGAAAAACAACUUAAGAGAUACUACAUUUAUAGACUGAGGAAGCGACCUCGAAGCUACCCAACAGCUAAAUAUGCUUGCAAGUUAUGUGACGUAUUGAUUGAGUCAGUGGCAUUUGCUCAUAAGCAUAUCAAGGAAAAAAGACACAAGAAAAACACAAAGGAAAAACAAGAACAACAACUGCUGAAUGCACUUCCUCCACCAACAGUUUUGCAAAUUGAAGCUAUUGGUAUAGCCGUUCAAAAAGUAGUAGAAGAGUUUGGAUUAAAUAAUGAAGAUGUAGAACAAAGGCUUGGAAUCAAAACUACUAUGGAGAAUAUAUUUCAACCAAAACUGCCAGAUUGUUCUCUAAGGUUGUAUGGUUCUUCCUGGAGCAGAUUUGGCUUUAAAAAUUCUGAUAUAAAUCUGGAUAUCCAGUUUCCACCCAGUAUGUCCCAACCAGAUGUUCUCUUACUUGGACAAGAAAGCUUAAAGAGCAGUGAAUCUUUUAUUGAUGUUGAUGCAGAUUUCCAUGCUAAAGUGCCUGUGGUGGUGUGCAAAGAAAAACAAAGUGGCCUUGUUUGCAGAGUAAGUGCAGGAAAUGAUAAUGCUUGUCUGACGACCAAUCACUUGGCUAUGCUUGGAAGAUUAGAGCCUCAUCUUGUGUCCUUGGUCAUUGCUUUCAGACACUGGGCCAAGCUAUGUUGUAUAGAUCAUCCUGAAGAAGGUGGUUUACCAUCUUAUGUAUUUGCUCUAAUGGUUAUUUUCUUUCUGCAACAAAGGAAGGAACCUUUUCUGCCUGUCUAUUUAGGUUCAUGGAUUGGAGGAUUUUCAUUAAACAAAUUAGUGAAUUUUAAUCUUAAAGAAGUUGAAAAUAAUACUGUGGUCUGGGAAUAUAGCCCUGGUAUUGAUCCCAGUUCUUCAAAGGAAUCUUCUCCUAAAAGGGGAAAGGUUCCUUUAGUAUUUGAUUCAGAUCAACAGUGUUCAGUUCCAAUUGGACAGCUGUGGGUUGAACUGCUUCGUUUUUAUGCCUUGGAGUUUAAUCUGUCUGACUUGGUGAUAAGCAUACGGCUCAAAGAAAAAGUAGCUCGUGAAUCCAAGGACUGGCCUAAAAAAAGAAUUGCUGUGGAAGAUCCUUAUUCCGUAAAGAGGAAUGUGGCAAGAACUCUUAAUAGUCAGUUAGUAUAUGAGUAUAUACUUCAUUGUUUACGGUCAACUUACAAGUAUUUUGCCUUGCCUCAUAAACAGAAUGCAAAAAACAACCAAAUAAAAUCUGUAGAGGGCUCAAUACCUCUAGAACCUGAGAAGAAUGCCUUUAAGCAAACAGUCCCUGAUAUUAAAAAUGUCCAUAAUGAAAUGGAGAAUACUGUAAUAGACAGCUGUAUAACUUCUACCAAGAAAAGUUCAUAUUUUCCUGAAGAACAUAUGUGUGAGCCUUCUCAGGUAUUUAUUGAUGAAAACUUUGUGGAAGAACAGUUGGCAGAUGGUGAACAUUUAGGAAUGUCUUAUGAGGACUCAGAUUGCAUAAUUGAAGAAUUCAUUUCGGGUGACAAUGAGGAAUUUAAACCAAGCUGUGAAGAGACUGAGAGUGGAAAUGAAGAGGAGGAAGAGAAAGAGGGGCACGAGCAGGAACAUUUGGAUAGUAACCAAGACAGUGAAAGUGGAGAUCUUGCUAUUCCAAUUAGUGAGCAUGAUGUUGAAACAGACAGCAUUUCUGAUUUGGAAAAUUUUCAAAAUGUAAUAACUGCCCUUGAGGAGUUUGGUUUAGAAGACAGUGGUAUUCCAAAUGAUAAACUUGACAUUAAUGAAGAGAGCACAGAAGGUACUGAUGAACUGGAUGAUUCCCUGUUCAAACUGGAACCGCCAACUCAGGAACAAGUAUCUGAAAUGGAUAACUCGGAAGAAGAUGAGGAGGAAGAAACAGAGGAAGAAGACGAAGAGCAUAGUAUUAAAAACCAAGGGCAACAUGAGAACAUAAUCAAUACCGAAGAUGAGCUGGACAAUACAUACACUGGAUCUGGUGUUGAAGAACCUCUUUCCGAAGAGGAAUUGCUUAUUGCUCAUGGGGACAUUGCGCUAAAGAAGAGAGUAGAUGAAGUUUCAAGUGUAGAUUUGAACAAAGAAGAUGAUCCUGAAAAAGAAGUCCUUACUGAAAGCACCAAGCCAGUAGACCAGAGUAAUAAACUUGAAUUCUUCUAUGAAUUUAAUAAAACUGCUUUCACAAAAGGCAAGACUCCUACAGUUGUAUGCAGUUUAUGUAAGCGAGAAGGUCAUCUAAAGAGGGACUGUCCAGAAGACUUUAAAAAAAUUGAACUGGAUCCUUUGCCACCAUUAACAUCCAAGUUUUCUAGUAUUCUGGAUCAAGUGUGCAUUCAAUGUUACAAAGAUUUUGCUCCAAACGUUAUAGAAGACCAGGCUCGGGAAUAUAUAAGACAAAAUCUUGAAGGUUUCAUCCGACAAGAAUUUCCAGGCACAAAAUUAAACUUGUUUGGAUCUUCAAAGAAUGGAUUUGGCUUCAAGCAAAGCGAUCUUGAUAUUUGUAUGACAAUUGAUGGUCUGGAAACUGCUGAGGGACUUGAUUGUAUAAGAAUUAUUAAAGAACUUGCAAGAGUGUUGAAGAAACAUUCAGGUUUAAGAAAUAUCUUACCCAUAACAACUGCUAAAGUGCCGAUUGUCAAGUUUUUUCAUAUCCGAAGUGGCCUUGAAGUAGACAUCAGUCUGUAUAACACAUUGGCUUUGCAUAACACAAGGCUCUUGUCUUGUUAUGCCACAAUUGAUCCCAGAGUAAAAUAUCUUUGCUACACAAUGAAAGUAUUUACAAAGAUGUGCGACAUUGGUGAUGCAUCCAGAGGCAGCUUAUCUUCCUAUGCAUAUACUCUAAUGGUGCUCUAUUUUCUUCAGCAGAGAAGUCCACCUGUUAUUCCAGUUCUUCAAGAGAUCUGUACAGAGCCAAAGAAACCUGAAAUUCUAGUUGAUGGCUGGAAUGUUUAUUUCUUUGACAGAAUAAAUGAACUGUCAGAUGUUUGGUCAGAUUUUGGUAAAAAUAAAGAAUCCAUUGGUGAAUUAUGGCUAGGACUUCUACGUUUUUAUACUGAGGAAUUUGAUUUUAAAGAGCAUGUUAUCUGCAUCCGAAGAAAAAAUUUGCUUACAACGUUCAAGAAACAGUGGACUUCGAAAUACAUAGUCAUUGAAGAUCCUUUUGAUCUGAAUCAUAAUCUUGGAGCUGGAUUAUCAAGAAAAAUGACAAAUUUUAUAAUGAAGGCUUUUAUAAAUGGCAGGAGGGUAUUUGGCACUCCAAUAAGAGGAUUUCCAAAAGAAUAUCCUUCAAAAAUGGAAUAUUUUUUUGAUCCAGAAGUGCUUACAGAAGGAGAAUUGGCCCCAAAUGACAGAUGUUGCAGAAUUUGUGGUAAAAUUGGACAUUUCAUGAAAGACUGCCCGAUGAGGAGAAAACUCCGCAGACGGCAUGAUAGUGAAGAUCCUAAAAACCAAAGAUACACAGAAAAUAAAGAAAAAAGAAGUAAAGAUGAACAAGAGACCCCAAUUAAAACUUCAGAAAGAGAAGUGUUGUUAAAGGAUGGGAAGCUGCAAAUAUGUGCGCCUAAGAAAAAUAAAUCAGGAAGAGGAGGAAUGGAAACUGGAAAAGAGAAAUCUCCCAAGCCAAUGGGAGAGAAAUGGAAGCGGCAAGAAGACAGAGAUUUAAGAGAAAAACGUUGUUUUAUUUGUGGAAGGGAAGGACACAUGAAAAAAGAAUGUCCACAGCACAAAGGAGCUGCAGGUGUUCUGAUGUUAGAAAAUCCAUGUGGGACCCCUAUAUCCAGUGCUGUUAAACACUCUGGUCAAUUAAAUCAGGGACUAUCUCCACAGGAAGAAAAAAAGAAACAGAAAGGGAAACUACUUUUGAGUCCCCAGUCAGGCAGCCUUUCCAGUAAAUAUAUGACUCAGGGAAAAGCUUCACAGAAGAGACCCCAACAAGAUUCUUAAGAAACUGAAGCAAUCUUUCAGUUGCAAUACAGACCAUCAAUUUCCUUCAGAAAAGUUUAUUUUCUUUUAUAGGCUUUGGGUUCACAAAACAGCAGCAAAAACUGUCUUUGACAUAAAUCUAGAGAAAACACCUUUUAUUUUAAUUAAAUUGCUAAAGUUACAAAGGCAAUGAAUUUUAAUGUUUGUUCAUACCAUGAAUCCUUGCUCUGAAUAGGCUUGAGCAUUUUAAUAGAAAAUCAUGUUUGUAUUUACUAGGUAAAACAUGUAGAUCAGGGAAAUCCUUCACCCAAAUCACUUCUAAGACUUUCUACAUUCAGUGUGAAUGUUUGAGUGCACUUAAAUGAUGUGCAAGCCAAAUAUAAUGUCACCUUCAAAAUAUUAUUUUUGAAGGGUAAAAAGGGUAUUUAUUAAUGUUGAACAUUGAUUCCUUGUGUAAAAGUGUUUGGAAUAUUUCUGGACUGCUACUGCCAUAUUUGCAAAUAUUUUAAACUGUGGACAACUAAAACAUGGACAUUAAGUAAACUUUUAUGUAAAAAUCUUUGUUGAAAGCAGUGCCAAUUUUUCCCUUCUAUUUUAUUAUGAUUGCUAUGCUGCUGUCCUUUCUGUACAGAGAGUGAGAGGCAAGUUAGUUAUGUUUGCUGCUGCUAUGAUUAUUUCCCAUUGUCCACAACUUGAAAAAAUUCCUCUGAGGAAAAAAAAGGGAGUUAAAACAAAGGAACGUAUUUCUGCUUUAUUGAAAACUAAACAUGAGUGUGCUGGGCAAGGAUUUACUUUUAUAUCAUCACCAUUAUCAUCAUCAUCAAAGUUUUAUGUCAGACUUUUUUGCAGAUGAUGCGGUACAGCCUUUCCAGGAGAAAAUAUACAG